AUGUUAUUUGAAAUUUGGUCGACAUUUCCAAUAAACACAAGAAGACAGUCCACCAUAUUUCCACUUAUCAUCGUUAACAAAACUGUAUUAUCAGCUAUACUGGAUUAUAAUGUUUGUGUCGUUACAGGAGAACUCCACGUCCCGUUAGAAGUAUGCGGUGCCGUGGUGAAGCGAGAGCUCGACUACUGGCAUGUCAACCAGUACUGCAUCAAAUCCUGCUGCUGGCGACACUACCGUUCAUACAUCGAGAACAGAGCCAUUCUCGACUCGUUCAACCGAAGCCUCGAAAAUGAACGAGUUCAGAUCAACAUCAAUGACUACGUCGGAUGGAAACAGUUACAAAUGAAAAUUUGGCUCAUUCUGGAAUAUCCGCGGACAUCGCGAAUAGCCAUGGUAUAUGGUGUGGUGUCGCUAUUGUUCGUCAUUGUGUCCAUCCUCGGGUUUUGCCUGGAGUCGCUUCCGAUGUUAAAGAAGCCAUUAAAAAACGUCACCGUUAGCGUUAAUAGCACAGGGGGCUGUGAAGGAGCAGGUGCGCAAGUCAUGACUCAAAACGAGGCUCUAAAUAUCCUUGACAUCAUUUGUACUGUAUAUUUCACAAUCGAAUUGGCAAUAAGAUUCUGUUUUGCUCCGGGGAAAAUAAAAUUUGUUCGCUCUAUGAUGAAUGUCAUAGACCUGUUAGCGUUAGUUCCACUGUAUAUGCAACUUAUCUUCAAUACGAACGAAUUACAAUCUUGUUAUGUAAACGAACGUCUGGUUAUUGAGAUCAUGUUCCUGUUAAGAAUAGUGAGAAUGUUUAGAAUAAUGCACCUCGUGAAACACUACCAAGCAUUGAAGAUAUUGGUUUAUGCUCUCAAAGCCAGUGUUCAAGAGUUGCUCAUGCUUGCUAUAUUCCUCCUGAUCGGCAUGCUUGUGUUUGCAUCCAUGAUUUACUAUGCAGAACGAAAGGACGCUGUUCGUCCUAGUGAUACGUUCAACACAAUUCCAAUGGGAUUUUGGUGGGCCCUUAUUACUAUGACUACAGUAGGGUACGGUGACGUUUUCCCAACCCAGCCUAUCGGUUACGUUGUAGGGGCCGCUUGUGCUGUUAGCGGUGUAUUGAUGCUAGCGCUUACCAUUCCUGUUAUAUCACACAACUUCACGCUCUUUUACACGCAUGUGCGAUCACGUGGUACAAAGGAGGAGGAGCGGGACAGGUACAGAGACAGUAUGAGCACGUGUGUGAACAACCCUUUCAUGGAGGAUACUGCAACUGUAAAUUCGGAAGAGGACGGAUACGGAACAAUUUCAUUGUUAGAAGAAAAGAACAAAUCGUCUGAAUCCGUUUUAGACACAUACAUGAACGGUCAUGCAACACUUAAGCACUUUCCAGGAAGAAAGUCUCCUAAAUAUAAACACUUCAAAAAGAUUCCAGAAGCUACAUCAUUGAAUGAUAUAAUCAUUCGUAAUUCGGAGUUUGACAUCACUGGACCUGAAAGUGAUAAAGCUAGGUCUGACGACGGGGUUGCUUAUGCAGGGGAAACAUUAUUGUAA